AUGGACGGCAAUUCCAUUGGUGGAGCAUGGGCGUCAAAAAUCUGCACCUCGUGCCCGAUUCUGCUCGACAGGAAGUCGUGGAAGGAGGCGGAUGCUUACCCCCCCCCUCUCUCUCUCUCUUAUCCUGUCCUGCCUCCUUUGGCGAACUUGACUUUCCAUUCACUUCGUGUUGAAGACACACCUCUCGAUACGACCACCACGCCGAUGGCCGAUGACCACUUGCUUCUGGGCAUCAACCUCCCUGUCUAA